GGCAGUUCAUUCAAUUGUCGACAUUUUAACAUGCCCUUUUGGUUAGUGGUUUGGCGGGUUAGUUGGUUGGUUGCUUUCUUGCUUGGUGAGGUUUCGUUUGCUAGCUAACUCUGCUGUCGUUUCCACUACGGUAGCACCAUCUAGUGGACAUACCAGCAUUGAAUGACUCAAUGUUUCAUCCAAUCGCUGUUCAGUUCAACAUGAGGCAGAAAUCGAUGAAGGUCUCCUUCUUGAUGUGUUUUAUUGCAUUUCUUUUUCAAACUAGGCAGCGAGGCUUCCACAGUCUGGUACUACGUCCUCAUUGUGGCGAGGCAGGUCCCAUCCAUCACCUGGUGUCUGGUUUCAUGUUGUCAGAGAACAUCUCCCACGGGCUGCUGCUUCGGAAGGCUCCUGUGCUUCAAUAUCUGUACUAUUUGGCUCAGAUUGGCAUCGCCAUGUCUCCGCUCAGCAAUAACAGUCUGUUCCUUAGCUAUCAUCGUAAUCCUCUGCCAGAGUACCUCUCCAGAGGCCUCAUGGUCUCCCUGUCCACAGACGAUCCCUUGCAAUUUCACUUCACUAAGGAGCCCCUGAUGGAGGAGUACAGCAUUGCGGCUCAGGUGUGGAAGUUGAGCUCUUGUGACAUGUGUGAGCUGGCCAGAAACAGUGUGCUGAUGAGCGGAUUCUCUCAUAAGGUGAAGAGCUACUGGCUCGGGCCCGACUAUGUCAAAGAAGGCCAAGAGAGCAACGACAUCAGGCGCACUAACGUUCCGGACAUCCGCGUGGCGUAUCGCUACGAGACCAUGUGCGAGGAGCUCAAUUUGAUAACGCAAGCCAUUCGUACGGACGAGAUGGACACCAUUGAGGAGGAAGAGAGUCUGAGCAUGGCUGCCACCCAAGGAAAGCAAUGAACUCUCACCGUAGUUUCCCUGCAUCACAACUUUGGUACACACUUGUGUAAAAAUAAUUUAACGAUUGUGGGAAAUUGAGAAAGGGCACACACUGGGUUGCGUUUAGCCGGUUGUUUAUUUCCAUGAGUUGUUCAUUGUGACGUCUCCAAAUCUUUUUUAGUUAUUUUUAUAUUGUAUGUUGAUGGCCAUA